GUGAUAUCAGAAGAAGGGAAGUCUCCAACAUCAGAUCUCUCACAACAGUCGGCACUCACGGAGUCAGCUAUCAGUCCUCCAACGCCACUCACGGCUCCGAAGUCUGCGGCAACAUCUCGACAAGCUGGAGUCCUAAAUAUCCACCAUAAGGGAGGGAACUUGAAGAAUCUUCCCCCUAGAUUGUCAGCCAAAGUUGCUGGAAACCAGAACACAACACUCAGUCCCCGGCUGGCAAAAAAGCAGGCUUCUCGUGCUAACACCUCAGUGUCUCCUCGGGGGAUCAAAAACGAUUCAGCAGGCGACCUAAAAGAUGAGGGGAAGGAAGUUGUUGCAUUUAGUGAACCUGAGGCGUAUCCAACCCUCAGCAUAGAUGACUAUCCAGCUUUGGUCAGCCAAAGAUCCAACACAUUGCUGAUUCCCCAGAGUGCUACAAGUCAGCAAGGAAAUGCAGGCUUUCUGAACAACCCAAACUGGGGGGUCCUUAACCUGGGGAGAGACAACCAAGGUGGAGGGGGCAGCAUGACUAAUUUCAUGUCCCCUGUGAUAGGGGUGCAUAGAGCAGCUUCUCCUGUGGAUAAUGUUUCAGGAGCAGCACGAUCUCCCCAGGCAUCACCAAGAAUGGUUUCUCCUUUCUCAGUGCCUGAGCAGGCCGUGAGGUCAGUGGAUCAGUCCAGUUUGAAUAUUGAGGUUGAACAGGGCAUCCAAGGUUGUGGACUAAACUUUCCAAAUACGAAUUUAACUGCAGAUUUUCUGUCAGCCAUAAGAUCUGCAAGUCAGUUCAUACAACAGCAGAGCUUCCAUCCUCUGCAGCAACAACAGCAGCAGCAGCCGCAUCUGCAACAACAGCAGCAGCAUCUGCAACAACAGCAGCAGCACAUCCUGAUGAAUGACAAACCCCAACAACCAUUUCAGCAGAAUGCCCAGUAUAAUCAGAGUCACAUUAACAGAAUGCUAACGCAGCAGCAGCAGCAACAGCUGCAGUCAGUCCAGCAGACAAUGAGGUCACCACAUGGCUACUUCCCGCCCAACACUUUUGGUCCACACAUGAACCAGAUGGGUGAUGGUGGAAACAUGUCUCCUUCCGGUGGAAACAUUUCUACCCAGACUGGGAACGCAGCUCUGCAUGGUCAGAACCCGCUUGUCCCAGGCCCAAAUUCUCUCCUGUCUCAAGUGAUGAAAGGGCAGCCUCAGUCUUCCCUGGGAAGUCUGAACAUGCCACCUCCGCCACAGAGAGGGAUGUCUCAGCAGACGAUAGAUGGUCGAAAUCUCGGCAGUGGAGCACCUUCUGGGGUUGGCUAUCAGGCAUCACGGCCUAGUGCCGGAUCUCAGCCCUACUUAGCCAAACCACCAGCGCCAGUUGGGUUUAUCCCUCCUUCAGGUAUUGUUCCCCAACAAGGUCAGGCCACAGGCAUGAUGGGUAAUUCUGGCUUCCCAUCUUCCAUGUUGACCAAUGCAGUGGGAGCAGGACGGAAUGGCUCUAAUGCGUCUCAGUCAGUCAGCAUGAAUACACCAGCUUUCCUAGGGGUGCAGCCUCAGCAUCCCCAACAACAACAACAACAGCUGCAGUCCCAGCAGCAGCACGGCAUGCCACCACACGCUAGCAAGCAGUCCUCGGGUCUGCUGUAUCAGAACAUCCCUCUUCCUGGAGGGGCAGGAGGCGGUGGUGCAGGCGUGAGCGCUGGUGCCGGAGGAUUGCCCCAAGCGUCUGCUGGUCUAUCAGGAUUGUUUGUUCCUGGACAGGGACAGCCUCAAGGUCAGUCUUUGGCACAGAUGCUGGGCCCACAGCAAUCCUAUAAUAGGGGUGGAGGUGGUCCAGGAGCCAGCCUUGCUGCAUCUGGUCAGGACUCCAGGAUCUCCAGUAGUUUCCAGGGUCAUGCUGCUGGAACACCAAAACCUGAAAAGGGUGGAAACGCAGCUGGUCCAUAUCU